AUUGGCACAACUGAAUCUGUUUUAAGAGCAGCCCAGCAUGAACAAUGUGAUAGUUGAGCUCGGACUGUCACUGGAUCAUCAAGAUGAAAAUAAUUUGUGUUGUUUUUCUGCUUUUAUUAGAUCUAUCAAACUGCUUUGCACAGUCAGAAGGAAAAUUUCUGAUGUAUAGUGUGCAUUAUAACCAAUGCAUGACAAACAACCUGGAGCAGCUUUCUGUCUGUGACCCACGCGCUGACUCACAACAGUUUCGCUGGAUUUCAAAGGAUCGCAUUUUAAACAUUUUCACAAAGAAAUGCCUUGGUGUUGGUAGUAAUACUGUGGGGAAAAUGCUGCAGUGGUUGAUGUGUGAAGACGACAAUGUUUUGCAGAUGUGGGAAUGCCGGAGCGAUUCAUUGCUUAAACUAAAGGAUGAAUCUCUGUAUCUUUCUGUGAAUGAUAAUGGUGUGCCACUCAUCUCUAAAGACACUGAAACAAAGAGUCAAUGGACAAUUCAGGGUACACAGAACAACAUUUGCUCUCGGCCUUAUGAAGAAUUAUACACAAUUGAUGGAAAUGCACAUGGACGUCCAUGCCACUUUCCUUUCAAAUAUCAGGAUAAAUGGUAUGCAGAUUGUACCAAAAUUGAUUCCAAUAGUCCAUGGUGUGCAGUUGAGUCCGACUACAGUUGUAAGGGGCUGUGGGGCUACUGCCCAAUACAUGACGGUAACAAUCCAUUAUGGGUGAAAAAUCCUCUAACAAACUUCUAUUAUCAACUGAAUGAUGAGUCAAAACUGACAUGGCAUGAAGCAAACAAGAGCUGCCAGCAGCAGGGUGCAGAGCUCCUGAGUGUUUCUGAGCUUUAUGAAUACAUCUUUGUAUCAGGAAUGAUUGUGAGGAGAAACAUUAUACUGUGGGCAGGACUGAACAAAGUAGAUGGAUUCAGUGGACGGCAGAGGAGAAAUGGAAACCCAGAAACAUUUCGGGGAGCAGAUGAUGUUUGUGGUGCAAUGAUUACUCUUGGGGGCUUUCAAGUGAUGGAUACGCCUUGUUCAAAAAAGCUUGGAUACAUCUGCCAAAAAAGCCGCUCUGUCACCACUGCUUCACCUGCAACAUCCCAAAAAGUUUCUGCAUAAAGAUUUAGCCAGUUAAGAACUGGAAUCCAGGGCCUCAGAGUCUUGCCAUUAUAUCAAUUAAGAUAAUGGACAAACAAAAAGCUAAGUAAUAUCCAGUAUGUGCAGCGCAUGAUUUUUACCAUUAAGCUUGUAAUCUGCAACAUAUACAUUUAUACAUUUGGCAGACGCUUUUUAAGCUAUACAUUUAAUCAGUCUGUGUGUUCCCUGAGAUCUAACCAACAUCCCUUUGUACUGCUAUCACAAUGAUUUACCAAUAUUGCUUGGGAGUCGUGACAUCAUUACUUAUCGUGGCGGCCAUGUUGAUUGCCUCCUUUACUGCUACUCGGACUGCUGCGCUCUGUUUACAGACAUCGUCAAUCGUGUGCCUUAAUUUGAUUAAUUUGUCGUUUUAACCAUAGUAAACCCUUGCUGUAUUAAUAAUAAAACACAUUAAAAGUAAUUUACAUUAAAAUGACAGAUAAGGACAACACUUAAUUAUGUUUUAUUCAAUGUAGGAAACCAAACAUUAACCUCAACCCCUCAGUAAUGUGUACACAUGACAUAUAAAUGAUAUUUAUACGACUGUGAAGUAUAACAUCAGAAUAUUAAUUUAUAUAGCUUAAGUCAACAUUGAACCUUUCAACAUCUUUCUGUUGCUAUCCCUCUGCUGACAGCAAAAACAGCUGUACUACAAAAGCUGCUGCAUUAACUAAGCUAGUUGUGAAGCUAGGUCGUAUGUGACUUUACUUACAAAUUGGCGUGAAAUCGUGCUCUCACAACAACCACGCUGUUAUCUUAAAAUGGCUCUUUAGUCACUUUUUUCAUAUGGAUCCAAAGCGUUAAUAGUUCCGAUUUUGUCCACAUACCGGUCCCUGCUUCCCUGUUUAAUGUAUCGCAGUAAAUUCCACAUCCUUUUCCGGAUUUUAACAUCUUUUUUCUUUCUUUUAAUUCUCCCAACUCUGCUGCUUCUCCUCGUUCGACUUGCUGUAUGUUUACAUUCGCGAGGCCAUCAACAUGGCUGCCCCGUCCCAGAAUGCAACGCGGCCCCCAAGCCCUAUCGAGUUAUAGACCAUGUAUUUGUCUUUAUUAAAAAGUUAAUUAAAAUGAUUGGUAUUUGUCUUAAUCAGUAUUCAACUAUAAACACACACUAAGUGUUUGUAACACACGCAAGUAUCUAGUUGGAAUCAUGCAGUCAACCAAAAGACAGCACUGUGUGCUGGGGGAAAGCAUUUCCACUUUUCAUGUUGUAGACCAGCAAACCAGCAUCCCAAGAAGUCUGUAUGUACAUUAAAGAUGAUUUAAGAUCAA